AUGCUUCUGCCCGUGGUUCUCGCCUCUGCCCUGCUGCUCUGCUCUGUGGCCAGCCAGAGGUGUUCCACCUUCCUGGGGAUACGUGAUGUAACAGACCUCAUUAACAAACUGCAGGAAGAUCCACCUUCAAAAUGCAGCUGUGGCACCAAUGUGACCGAUUGUUUGUGUCUGCCCGUUCCUUCUGACAACUGCACCACACCAUGCUUCCAGGAAGGGCUGUCCCAGAUAAUCAACUCCACGGUGCAAACCAAGUUCUCCCUGAUUUUCCACCGACUAAGAAGAACUGUGGAAGACUUAAAGAGAAACAAGUGCCAGUCUUUUUCCUGUAAACAGCCAUGUAACCAAACCACAACAGGCAACACGCUUACCUUUCUGAAGAGUCUCCAGGAAGCUUUCCAGAAAGAAAAGAUGAAAGUCAGAGUAUGA